AUGGGCGCCAUCAAGAACGCCUUUGCUCGCCUCCCGGCUAUUCGACCGACAAUGGCCACUUCCAACUUCGCCUACCAGGAACUGCCCACCACACCAAGUCGCCUCCACGAUGUGUCGCCACUUGUCGGCUCACCCAUCAUGUCGGAAGCUUGGCGGAACCAAGGCUUGAAAGCACAUCGUCGCCUUGGGUCGUUGAUUCGCACAUCGCCGAAGAGACUCUUUGUGGUUGCCCUGGUGUUUGUCUUCUCCAUUGUCGUGCUCGUUGGGGGAAGCGUUCAAGUGCGCCGCCGUAAUGAUGCUGCAAAGAAGGUUGUGGAGGAGCCACCGAGGAUCCCCUACCACUGGGAAGCGUACCCUAGGCUGAACGGCGUCUACAAUGGCAUACGUUCGCUUGUCAAGUACGUCGACUGGCUUCCGGAACAGCAGGCAACGCCAGACAGCAAGAUCGAGGUUCAUGAUGCUCCGCCCCUGGACCCUGAGGUUGUGGAUCCGUAUCCGGACUACAGUUCUGCCAAGUACUUGAAGAAUCAUCACCCCGUGCAGCGCUGCUAUCUGGAUGAGAACGAGACAUAUGCAGCUCCGGAUAUCUACGCGUAUCCUGGCGUACCGGCCAGCAUGACUGCCCCGUACUGGGGGGCUUACGAGAUUUUCGGAGUCAAACCAGAUAGGUGCUUUGAGCGGUUCGGCCGGUUUGGUCCAUACGGGUACAGCUACGGUCGCGCCGAAGAAGGUCUGGGUCUGUCAAACCACUUGGCGCAUUCAGGUGCGGAUAAGAUCCAAGAUGUAAUCCACAAGGUGGAUUAUCGCAAUGUGAACUGGGGCAAGGCUCAGGAGAUAUGUUACGAGAAGAAUAGGAAACGAUUUGAAUCGGAAGAGACGACCAUGGAGGGCACCGAGGGAGAGAAGAAGAAGACACUGAAGCGCACAGCCUACGUCCUGCGGACCUGGACCGGCUACAAAUACAGCGAUAUCCAGCUGCUGUCACUACGAGCGAUGAUCAACGAACUGGCCUUGAAGUCAGGAGGGGAGUACGAUGUCCACCUUCUAGUACAUGUCAAAGAUGACAGGAUUCCGAUAUGGGCAUCCGAGGAGAUAUACAACAAGACGUUACGGGCCAACGUGCCAAAGGAACUCUGGGAUAUUGCGACACUGUGGUCGGAGCAGAUGAUGCGGACCUACUACCCAGGCCCGUUCCUGAAGAAGGAUAACGUGGCGAACCAUGCGGGUUCCGACAUCUACGGUGUAUACCGAACGGCGCAUUUCGCGCUCCAGUGGUUUGCGCAGCAGCACCGAGAAUACGACUUUUUCUGGAACUGGGAGAUGGACAUCCGAUAUUCCGGCCAUUACUACGAAUUCCUCGAGGGCGUAUCAAAGUGGGGAGCAGAGCAACCUCGGAAGUUUCUCUGGGAGCGGAGCGCACGGUUCUGGAUACCCGGCAUCCACGGCUCGUGGCCUAAGUUCUCGGUCCAGGUAGAGCGCGAAGCCGCCGAGAGCAAGGAAGAGCCUGUCUGGGGCCCGGUGAGGUUCGACACCGGCAAGUAUGACAUGCUGCCGUCGCCGAACGAGACCAGGCCGCCCACCAGCUUCGAGGCCGACGACUACGAGUGGGGCGUGGGCGAGGACGCCGACCUGAUCACAUUCGACCCCCUCUUCGACCCGGCGAAGACUAAUUGGGUCUUCAACAACGACGCGACGGGCUACGACACCGAGGUCCCGAUGCCGCCGCGGCGCGCGGCCAUCGUCACCGUCGCGCGCAUCUCGCGGCGCAUGCUGGACACGAUGCACGAGGAGACGUGGCGCAUGCACCACACCAUGUUUCCCGAGAUGUGGCCGCCGACCGUGGCACUGCACCACGGCUUCAAGGCCGUAUAUGCGCCCCACCCGGUGUACUUCGACCGUAAGUGGCCGCUCGACGUUAUGGACCAAGUCUUCAACCGCCCGACGACGCCCGAGGAGAGCCCGUUCGGCUGGGGCGAGCACAAUAUGCAGGGCAGCACUUUCUACUAUAAUGCUGGGUUCAGCGGGGCCGUGUGGCGGCGCUGGCUCGGUGCGCGGGAGAAAGGCGAGGGCGGGCGCGAGGAUGAAGAGGCUGGGUCGGGACGGAUGUGUUUGCGGGGUCUGCUGCAUCAUCCUGUCAAGCAUGAGAGGGUCGAGUAG